UUAUUAAAUUCUAAAGUCUAAAAGCUAAACUGCAUGUGUGAAUAGAAAAUAUUAUGUAAUGUGCAUGUACAAAGUUUCGUCUUUUCCCAAAUUGAUCUGAAAAUUAUGAACGCAUUUAUAAGUCUUGUCAUUGCAUCAUCUUCUAUUUUUCAUUACACGCAGAUUAAUUAGAAGUUUCGAUUUCAUUAACAAAAUUUUCAUUCAAAAUUAUGAAAUUGUGUUAAUAAAUUUUUAAAUAAUUUUAUCUUUAAUUAUAAAUUAAAAUUAGUUAAAUUGAAAAGCUCAACUAAAUUUAGAUAUCUAAUGAAUUCUCCACCAAACGAUUUUUGCUUGUUAAAAUGGGUUUCAUGAAAGCAAAACGGAACGACGACAUAAAAUACUUGAGGAAUCAUUCAUUUUUUAUCGCACGUAAUUUCGUGAGAUUAUUACGAGGGCAUAAUGUUUAGUGAAGAAUCUACUAUAUCUAGUUUCGUUAAAGAAUUUUGGGAAAGUGUGUGCCGGUAGAUAUAGGUGAAUAUAAGGUCCCCACAAAAUGCUUUUACAAAUUAUAUCUGUGAUUCAGUAAAAUUCGUCAUGACUACAAUGAAGAACCCAAAUCCGUCGUCUUCUAAGCUCGCACUCCUUAGCCACAUCAAGUACGAGCACCUGGUAGCUGGUAUAUCAGGUGGUGUGACAUCAACACUCAUAUUGCACCCUUUGGAUUUAAUAAAAAUUAGAUUUGCUGUGAAUGAUGGAAGGACGGCCACGGUACCCCGUUAUGAUGGUCUCAGUAGCGCUUUUGUAACCAUAGUCAAGAAAGAAGGUGUUCGUGGCUUAUACAGAGGAGUUACACCAAAUGUCUGGGGCUCCGGUUCGGCCUGGGGAUUCUACUUUCUAUUUUACAAUGCCAUUAAAACAUGGAUACAAGGAGGAAACGCUCGUACUCCACUCGGUCCCGGCCUCCACAUGCUGGCGGCCGCAGAAGCGGGGGUCUUGUCUCUCGUUAUGACGAACCCCAUAUGGGUCGUGAAGACUCGCCUUUGCCUCCAGUACAGCGAGGAGCACGUGGCCGACAACAAGAGAUACAAGGGGAUGGUCGACGGCCUUCUGAAGAUCUACAGAACCGAGGGGAUCCGAGGACUUUAUAGGGGUUUCGUUCCUGGAAUGUUUGGCGUGUCUCACGGAGCCCUCCAGUUCAUGACCUACGAGGAAAUGAAGAACAGAUACAACCAGUACAGGAAUCUACCGAUUGACAUAAAAUUGACGUCCGUCGAAUAUUUGACAUUUGCUGCAAUAUCGAAAUUGAUAGCGGCGGGCGCGACGUACCCUUACCAAGUCGUGAGAGCGCGUCUCCAAGAUCAGCACAGGACGUACAAUGGAGCCUGGCACUGCAUCACCGAGACUUGGAGGCACGAGACAUGGCGCGGUUUCUACAAGGGCUUGAAGCCGAACUUGAUCCGCGUCGUUCCGGCCACAAUGGUUACUUUCCUGACAUACGAAAAUGUCUCGCACUACAUGCUGCGACCGGCUGCCGACAUAAAGCUGCCCUCCUAGCGAUGAAUAAUUAAAAAUAAAUAAUAGUUUAAAAAAAAAUUAACAAAAUACGCUUUUAUAGAAAAUCCAACUAAAAAUAGAAAAUAAAUUUGAAUUAAAAAUAGUGUAAGAAAAACAUGUUUUUAUUGUAAAAAAGCGUGGGGUGCUUUUCAGGAUAUUAUCAAAAUAACCCUUCUACUCAUAUCUGUUCAUAAAAUAUUUAUAACUACAGAUACCAUGCACCCCACCACCAUUUAUUAAAAUUUAUUUUCAAUUUUUUAGUUGAAUUUUCUAUAAAAGCGCAUUUUGUUAGUUUUUUUUAAACUAUUAUUUAUUUUUCAUUUUUUAUUUGAAUUUAAAUUUUUUGUUUUUUUUUUUUAAUAUGGAAUUGUCAUCGGUCCUUAAUAAGUAUACCUAAUUUCGAGUUAAUCCGAUGUUUUGAAGGGGGUCAAAAUCAUGUUCAAAGAUUCCGUUACAAACAUACAUACUAACAUACGUACGUCUGAAGCUAAUAAAAGCGUAUUAAAAUUAAACAAUACCCUCCAUCGCCUUACAGACAAUAGCUGAAUUAUAUGCAUUAAAAAUAAAACAAUGAUGGUCACUACAGAUAGGCACAGCCGACCCUUGAAUUGUUUCAUAGGAGUUCAGUUAUGUCUUGUACGAUGAAAAUAAAAAGAAGAAUCGGAAGUCAUAUACAGGAUGUGAAUUAACGGUUAUAACCUAUAACGAAGACAGAUAAAACAGCUAAUGCCUCCUAACGUGUAUACAGAAAAAAUCGCAAUUUUGCGCAAAAUUGAAACUGGAAAACUUGAUUAUAUGAAAAGUUUUUUUUUGCAUCUUAGUUCAGCACGAUCAAACUUGUUUUCGGCUUAAUUAAAUUACACCCUGUACAUGAAAAGAAAAAAAAACAGUUACGUCCUUAUGAUGAUUAAAUUACCUACUUUGAUGAUGCUUUUUCUAAAUAAAUAACUACCCGAGUCGUGUUUACUAUGAAAAUUAGCAUCGUAACAGUGACAAUUAAAUUUACGAUUAUGAUAUGAUGGAGCUUGGCACCGGACACGUUAAGUUUUCAUUUUUUACGUUUACUUUUCAACGUAUUAGCGUGAGCUAUGUUUUCGAACAUUGUGGACAGUAUAAGCAUUGUAUUCACCAUGUUAUAGGUCUAUAAAAUACAGGCAAGUUCAAAUGAUAACGUUUUCUAUAAAUCAUCCGCUGUCAACUGGUGACCAAUAAAAUUAAAAGCAAAGUAAAGCAUCAUAAAAAUGAAAAUUAAAUAAAGCAUCAUAAAGAUGGAACUUUAUAUUUUAAAAUAAAUUGUUAUUAUAUUACUUGCGGUAUUGUUCGGUAUAUAUAUGGUUGAGUACCAUCAUCCUGCCCUUUUUAAUCCCGGAGCAGUCACGCGCUCUCGUUCCAAGGGUGGGGCAGUCGUGGGUGGCACUUGGUGGAAUUUAAUUUGUGACAUGUAAUGGAUUCUGGAAACUACAAGAAGGUGUGAUCCGUCUUCAGGAAUAGUCUUGAGAUUGUAUUGCUAUAAGAAACUUGGCUUUCUUCGUCUUGAAACAAGGUAAUGGCAUUAUAGCAGCGUAGACAAUUGCUGUAACAUAAUUAAAAAAAAAAUACCAACGUACAAAUCCUUAUUAUGUUUUUAAGUUUUUAAAUGUUGAAGUUACCCGAAUAUCAAUACGUUAAAUUUAUUUUGGAAAAUGUAAUUGUUUUUUUUUUAAAUAUUUUUGUUGCAUAGGUAAGUGAAUGAGCUGACCGCCCAUUUGGUGUAAAGUGGUUACCGGAAUUGAAAGAUGUAAAAUCAAAGCCAUGAGAUGGAAGUCGAAGUAAGACGAGGCGUAUUGUAUAGUAUAAUGGCUGACGCUUCCUUUAUGCCGGAACGCAUGAUUGCAUCGCGGCAGAAAUGGGAAUCGUGGUGAUACCGAUCCACGAGCGUUCGCAAAGCGCCUUCCCAUCACCGUAGUAAAUGCUUUUUUUAUUUCCUUUUUUUUUGUGGUAGAAGCUAAUUUCUUUUAAUGUUAAGUAUGUGUAUAACAGAUAUGCGUAUGUCUUAAAUUUAGUAGAGGACUUUUAAUAGUUUCUAGAAAAAUUAGAAGAUUGCAUUCCUUAACCUCUUUUCUGAAUAAACAUUUAAAUAUCACAAUCUGCUAGUUCUGUAUUGGCUUUGACCUAAUUAGGAGUAAAGUUGAGAGGUCAUUAUUAAAUAAGGCAAUAGCACACAAUACAAGGCAAUAGUCAGCUUUCCUUGAAUCGAGAUUUUGUAUGUAAGAAGUAGCGAUGGUAUGGAAAGUAUGAAGUAAUUUUAAUUUAUUUAGAACUUAUUGUUAUGUUUAAAAAAAGACAAACAAAGAGAAACAGUAUGCAUGUACCAAUGAGAUUUAAUUUUUUAAUUCUAAAUGCAUUUUCUAGAUUAGUGUUCAGUUAUGAAGCGGAGAAUGUUUUGUGUAAGUGAAUAAUAAAAAACUUUGAUUAUAAUUGUUUAUGGUCAAGUAAGGUUUUAUACCUAUUAAAUUACCUUAAGAUAAAUAAUGUGUUUUUGUUUUGUGUCGAAAAUUGGAUUGCCAGAGAUAAUUUUGAUAAUUUGCGACGCGUGUCUUUGAUCGUUAUUUUGUAAAUUAUGCAAUAUGCCAAGUUGCCUUAGUUUAGAUAGAUGAGUCGACUAUUAUCAAAGGCGGCAAUCUGACUUUUGGACAAUGAUUGGUAAAUCAGAAAAACGAAUUAUUGACUUUGUAUUCCGUCGGCAGUCACAAAACUCUUCGGAACGACAUCUUAGAUAAAUAACAGGUUAACUACUAACCUUUAUUUAAUGCAGGUUUUGAACCGUAUUCUUUGAAGGAGACGAUUAUAUUCAAAUCAAUCUGUAUUGACAUAUCAAAAAAUUUUUUUUGUCCAAAUGCACAGAUUGCCACCUUUGAUAAUAGACGACUCAGAUAUUAGAUUUAGACCGUAGAAAAUGUUUGGAGUUUGAUCACAAAUAAAUGUUUAUCAUUAUUA